UGCUUUUUGAAAAGUCCAGACCAGGGUCAAAAUGCACAAACUAUGGCUUACAACCUCACACCCCUGUGUAGGGCCACAGUGGAAUGUGUGAAAGAUCAGUUUGGCUUCAUUAACUAUGAAGUAGGAGAUAGCAAGAAGCUCUUUUUCCAUGUGAAUGAAGUUGAGGAUGGCCUUGAGCUCCAGGCAGGAGAUGAGGUGGAGUUCUCAGUGACUCUUAAUCAGCGCACUGGCAAGUGCAGCACCUGGAAUGUGUGGCGAGUCUGUGAGGGCCCCAAGGCUGUUGCAGCUCCUCGACCUGAGCGGUUGGUCAGUCGCUUGAAGAACAUCACCCUGGAUGACGCCAGUGCUCCUCGCCUGAUGGUUCUUCAUCAGCCAAGGGGACCAGAUAACUCAAUGGGGUGUGGAGCAGAAAGAAAGAUCCGUCAAGUUGGUGUCAUUGACUAACCACAUCCACAAAGCACAUCAUUAAUCCACUAUGAUCAAGGUGGGGGGAAUCUGGUGAAGAUUUCUGAAUAUCUCCCUCUUCAUUCCUCCUGAAAUCUGGAAUACUUAUUCUUUUGAGCUAUUACACCAGUUUUAACACCUUCCUCAUGUUGUGUUUAAAAAGUACAUUUAAGAAAACCAUUUUAAAAUAAAUUUUUUUAAAAAUUCCAGACCAGUUGUCCUGUACCAACUCUGGACUUGUCUAUUUCCAUAAUGUGUAAUUCAACUUGUUCCUCUAUUCCUUUAAAUAGGAAGAUAAGUCUAGACAAAAGAUUUAAUUAAAUUUGGGGUACACAUUUUUGGCAGUACAUCAAGGAUGAUCACACAUGCUUCACACUGCAUCCUAUCAAGAGCCACAUAAUGCUGGCUUAUUCCAGAAGUAGGGAAAUGCAGUUUGACAGCCAAAUCUCAUUGUAAAGGCAAUUCUUUUGCAAUAGGUAUCUGUGAUCCUCUGACACCUUGUAAACAAAGUUCCUCAAAAUUUUUUUCACCUAAUGGGUUUUACCAUUGAUUUUUGCCAGAUUUAAUUACAUUAAGGGUUGUAAAAUGGUAUUUUUCCAAAUCUAUCAUUCUGUGUACAUUUAAAAGAAGACAUUCUUCAAAUAAUUUUAUAACGAGUUUUCUUCUUUACUUUCAUCAUUAUGAACUUCUUUUCCUUCUUAGCAUUAUCAGCAAUAUCAGUGAUUAUUCUUUUUGAUUUUAAGUUGUCCUAAAUUUGGCCCGUGAGAAAUACCUUCGACUUGGCGCCUGUCCCCUUCUGACAUUACCCCAUUAGUCUUCACAUACUAUCUUGCUUUUUAUUUUAUUUUCUUAAUAAAAAAAAGUAUUUUAGCCACACCACCCACUUCCCCUGCUCCAAACAUGGAAUCAACCACUUCUCCAAGGAACCCUGGUUCCUGUUAGUGGGGAAUGGCAUUUAGGAACCAAAAUUUGGGUACUAAGCAUGCUCAGCACUACUGGGUACAAUGUUAAAUAUUGAGGUCUGUUUAAAAGCCUCAUUUUCUUUGUAAAUGUAUUCAAAUACAUAAAACAAUAACUUUCUGAUAAGCUAAAAUCAGUCAAUUAAGAAAUAUACUGACUGCUUGGAUUUAAUUCUAAUAUUUUUCUCAGAAGGUCUAGCUAAUUGUAUUAGAAUAAUUUUUUUUUUUAUGAUACCAACUGUGAAUUGAAUGAAAGUCAAAUAUAAGGUUGGAGGAAAAACACCUGGGGGGAACUAAACAUUUAAAUUGAUGAAAAGAAUGCUUAAUAAUUAACUCUUCAUAUAUAA